UCUUAUGGCGAGUUUAUAUCAAGCUACCAACUGUGUAAUACUCAUGAAUUAACGAUUUUUCCAAGUAGUGGUGAAAACGGGACAUAAAGUGGUGAUGUUUUAUUGGCCUUUUAUUCAUUUAUUGCUAAUAAGUGGUGUCAGUAAUAGCAGAUAAGGAUAAAAAUAAUUCUUUUCUUUUUCAAUGUUCUCAAACAAUCAAGAUACUAAUUAAAUCUCGUAUUAUUUAUGUUUCAAAAUUAAUUAGGUAUUCUUAUCAUAAUUGGUUGUUUAAUCUAUCCACAUUCAAUAUCUAUUAUGUCUUAUUUUUGUUCCAUACAAACACGCAUUACUCCAAAUUUUAUCCAAGUUGUGAUUCAACACUGAAAAUCAUUCCGGUAUCAAUUCCUUAUUUAUCAACGAAUGAAUAAAAUUCAAGUCAAGUCACCUCUGCCUGUAACUCUGUAUGACUUUUUAGCAUUCAUGUUGACCACUGGAGGUUCAAAUUCUUUGAAUUUCUGAACUACAACCGUCAAUAUACAAAUGUAGCAUACCCUUUACCGGUAUAGCAAUAUUAGUCCUUUAAAAUGAUGAUACAUUGAAUCCAGUCCAGAUUAAAGAAGAUCACUCAUCAUGAGAUAUUGUCUAAGUGAAACUAAAAAAAAUUAACCUAUUCAUUUUAUAUUGAAAAUUUUUUAUAUCAAACAAGACUGAUAUAUUGUUCUGUACCCUUUAAUAUGGCGCAAUAUACCACUGAAUUUUAUAUUAAUACAGUCAUAAAUUGGAAUGGUAUUAAUUAUAAAAUCAACCUACAUACUCAUCUAGAAAACAUUUUACUGUGAUAGUAAAACCAAUUUGACAUAGUUGAUGAAAAAUAUUCUAUUAAACCAGAUUAAUUGAUAUCAACAUCUCUUGUUUAAGUCAAUCUAUUCAGUUGCCCGGUACGAUUAAACAUGAAUUUGAUCUUAAUUAAUCCUAAAGGAAGAUGAUGACCUGGAUAACGUGAUAGGAAAGUGUGUGUUAAUUGCAAGUGUAAAUAAAAAAUACGCUAAUCUGGUCAGUGGAGUAAACGGAAACGGAAAGCAAAAAGAACAAAAGAAAAGGUGGCGCACGGGCGCAUCGCAGAAGAGGGAUAUUGACAUUUUGGGCUAGGGGCGCUGUUGGGUUUCAAGUCUGCCCUGAUCCUUUCUCCUGGAGUAUCCAUGGCUACGCUCCGAAUAAUUCCGCGCGAAACCGGCGCGCGAAUAAGUCGACAAAUGCAAGAAUAAACGAGUGAUAAAAUACGACCAAAAGUGAAGCAAAAAGCGUAAUCAUGCAACGGAGAAGCUGAUAGCCACCGUCGCUAGCAAUGAUGUGACAAUAAAGAUACCUCUGUUUCUUCUCCGAUCGGAAACUAUAACCGAUCUUCUGUAAUUCUCAGUGCUUCCGAAUACUAAAACAAUUACCUAAUUUACAAGGAAACAUCAAGAAACAUUGAUUCAUUUACGGGCUGGAAACUUAAUGAAUUGUUCUUCAAACUGGUGCCAAAGAAACGUAAAUGAAAUUCAAAAACAAAAGUCAAAAACUAUCUUAGAAACCAAAGAGCCAAAUAAAUUGUGUCAAAGAGUUAAGACAUUGAGAGAAGAAAGACUAACAAUAAGUUGAUUUCAAGACGUGAAAUCAAUAAGUAUUUGUGAAAAACAAAAUUUCAUCAUUAAGAAUAAAAAAUAAACCAAAAUGGGCAAUAAAUUGUCAGCAUGUAGCUGUGCACCUUUAUCAAAAAGAGGCUAUCGUGAUGAAGAUUCACCUUGGCAAAUUGGUGGGCGAACUGGAAUGACUCAAGGUGGUGGUCACAGAGGAGAUUCUGGUCACAUUCUCAGGUGCGGAAGCGUAAUAGAGAAGAGAUUGUGGGCGGAAGUUUUUCACGUGAGUGGAAGUGCUGGAGCUGUUAAGUGGCAGCGAAUCUCUGAAGAUCUUGUUCCUGUAAACAUACGAUGUCUUCAAGAUUCACCUGAAAUGGUCUUCCAUAUUACCGCUUACAAUAGUCAAGUUGAUAAAAUUCUAGAUGUACGACUGGUACAACCUGGUACGAGACUUAUUCAGCUAUCAGAUUUCUUUAUCUACUGGAAGGACACAAUGACUAAUGACACGUGGGGUCUCAACUUUACCGCUGCGAUUGAUGCCACACAGUUCAAAGACUGCUGCUCACGCUCAACGAAGACACCCAGGAAGGCUCCUUCCUCAUAUUCCCUCAAGUUGGAAGCGCCCAACAAGCAAAAGGUCAAACCCCGUAUAAAACCACUUUCAACGCCUGCUUCACCUAGUAGAUCCAAACCUCCUCAGUGCACAUGCAUGGGACCUGAACAGUUGUCAAGAUUCAAUCGCAGUCGUGAUCAGAGAUUUUCUGGUCCUUGCAGCGCUUCAACACUACCAAGAAGUAUGAACCGUUCUUCAGAUGUAGAGAUGACACCAGGACGUGACAAAAUGAUGAGUGCGUUAUCGAAUACAUCGCUAUACGAUAAUGUUAAUGGUACUAUCAAAACAUCUAGUAAAAUGCCCAGUUCUGAUGAUUCAUCUAAACAGAAGGAUAAACAGGGAAAUGAAACGGGUCAACAAACGAAAACUGUUAAUGUUGGCACGGGUACAGCUACGGUUGGAUCUCAGAUUGACAGUCCUGACGAUAAAGGAACAUCCAUUUCUCCAAAUAAAUCACUUAAACGUCAAGACAGUGCGACUCAGCAGAAUGGAAAUGAACGAGAAACUUUAAAAUCUGAAAGUACACAAGCAGGAGGAACUUUAGGCGGUAAAUCAUUACGAAAAGAACAGUUACAUCAUACUAAAUCGGCUGAUUACACAGAACUUGAAUUGCAAAAUGGAAAUUAUUUCAAUAUUGUCAACAACAAUCAUAGUGGCCGAAAAUCUCGAAGUAAAAGUACAGAUGAUAUGAGAAUUGAAAAUUCUCAAAAUAGUGCUGUUAAUAUUGAUUCAAAUACACUGAAAAAAAUGCUCAAACCAAUGUCAAGUAUCGACAGCCCAGCUACUUCGCCUGAAAUGACUCGAAAACGUCAUAGUCACAGUUAUCAUUAUCAUCCCAGUAAUAAUAAUCAAAAGUAUAUUCAACCAGAAGUGGACAAUGAACAUUAUGCUCAUCCUUACAGAAGUCCAUAUAAUAAUAAAUUUCAAGGAUCCAGAAGUGUUCAUGAUAUGGGCCGUCAAUAUCCUGGCGGCAGAGGCAGGAUGUACUUAGAUUUGGAACAUAAUCGGUGCACAGGUGACAUGUCUCCACCAUCAGACAAUGUUAUCUUCGACAAUCAGUGCUAUGCAACGACGCCAAGUUCAUCUAAUGGUAAUUCAGAUAUGGAACAACCCAACCACUGCAACUCACGUCGGUGUAAUGGCCAGACAUAUCAGCAGCAGCAGCAACAGCAGAACAUGCAGUCCAUGCCAACACCUGGCAGCCCAACCAGUCGAUUGCUUUUGGAGUAUGAAAUGCAUUUGAGGAACACUUUGGCCAAAGGAAUGGAUGCAGAGAGCUAUAGCCUUCAUACUUUCGAAGCACUUUUAUCCCAGAGCAUGGAAAAUCUAGAUGAAAAACCUCCAGAAUUUGCGGAAAAUAUCCCCAUAAAUGUUCAACGUUCAUCUCAUCCAUCGCGCAGGCGUUCAAACUCAAGCAAAUCUUCAACUCUACCACUCUCAUAUCGAUACUGCAAUGAAAGACAAAACAGCAAGGAUCGUGAUGGUUACUACAGUGAUCGGAAUGAAAUAAUUCGAGAAAAAAGAGAACGUGAUGCAGAAAGAGAACGUGGAUAUCUCAGUGAUUAUAAUUCAAAAUAUGAUUCAAACCGGUGUUCUACAUGCUUUGGUGAAUCCGCUAGAGCCCAGUGGUUUCGACAUUCUGAUGGAUGGCAAUCUGGUAGUUCAACUUUAGGAUCUCAAACAUCGAAUUCUGUAUAUUUUGGAUAUGGAGGACAUAAAAGAGAAUCUCCUUGGGAUUCUUUACCUUCGUUACGUCAUGAAGGAAGCCUUAACGAUAGUGGAUAUAAAUCCAAUCGAACAGAUUCGUUAGAGCAACGCGGUACCUUUGACCGACAAGAUAGUGUGAGAUCAGAUUACUUAUCUGAUAGAGAGAGUAGGUACGGAAUUGUGCAACAAGCAUCAUUGGAGAGUACCGAUUCAAGACAAUGCUACUUGACUUCAUCAGAGAUGUCUGAUGAUGAUAGAAUGUCAUUAACGACUGCUGUGAGUGAUGAUGAUGAUGGUGAAAGCGUUAUUAAUUCACCAUAUCGUGGGAAACAGACUGGUACUGCUGCUGCAUCAUUCAACUGUACUGGGGCUGUACGAAAAGCAGGAUUCCUCAGUGUAAAAAAGUGGUUGCUUCGUAAAAAACACCAAAUAGAAUUAGCGAGAAAACGUGGAUGGAAAGGCUAUUGGGUUUGUUUAAAAGGCACCACCUUGUUAUUUUAUCCAUGUGAUUCACAUGAAAGCAGAGCUGUAGAAACAGCACCAAAGCAUCUCAUUAUCGUCGAUGGUGCAAUAAUGCAACCAAUUCCUGAGCAUCCAAAGAGGGAUUAUAUAUUCUGUUUAAGUACAGCUUUUGGAGAUGCAUACUUAUUUCAAGCUCCAUGUCAAGUAGAACUCGAGAACUGGGUGAAUAGUAUUCACUCAGCUUGUGCAGCUGCCUUUGCACGGCAUCGUGGUAAAACUGGUACUUUACAUCUCCUUCAAGAAGAGAUCUUCCGGUUGGAAAAAGCUAUUGAGUCUGAUUGCAAGUUGAAACACAUGGCAGAUCUUCAGCAAUCAGUAGUUUCCGAUGUUGACACAAAACAAGAAAUCAAUAGUCAAAUAAUUCAAUGGGAAGAGAAUCUUGAACGACUUCAUUGUGAACAAUUCCGUUUAAGAUGUUAUAUGGCAAGCUUACAAAGUGGUGAAUUACCUAAUCCAAAAAGUCUAUUAACUCAUGUUUCACGAGCUACCAAACAAACUCUCAACAAACUUGGCGUAUUUACAGUUUCUUCUUUCCAUGCAUUCAUUUGUGCACGUAGUCCUUCAUUACUUAAUAAUUUACUAGCUGGCCGUGGUGCUACCAAGAGAAGGCCUCCUCUUUUAUCCAGGUCUAACAGUGGGUCUAGUCGAAGAUCUCUACAAAUGUCUUCUAGGGAUGAUGAAAAGAGUGUAAAAGUCUCUGUUCCAGAAAAUCAGUUCGUAUCAGUUUUUCUUCGAGAUGGAAUGACUGUCGAAGAAUUUUUGGCAAAUGCUUGCAGUAGAAAAGGUCUUAAUCCAAUGGAACACUUUGUAAGAGUAAAGAAACGCCGAGAUAUGGAGGAUCAUAAUUAUUUUGUACCCCACAGAAGUGAUGGAAUAGAAACUUAUUUGCAUACCCAUGAAGUAGUAGAAGUUUGCGCGAAAAUUCUAUAUCAAGUUGAACUACAAAGGAAUACUCUAGAUCAAAUGUGGGGCUUCUCUGUUGAAGCCGAAUUGAUUGAAAAUUCAGAUCGGCAAGAUGAAUUAUGUUGUUACGUCAGUCGUGUCGAAGACAAGAGUGUAGCAAUGCAAAAUGGUAUUAUUAAGAGUGAUGAAAUUAUGGUAAUAAAUGGAGCUAUUGUGAGCGAUCUUGACAUGAUGUACUUGGAAAGUGUAUUACAAGAAGAGCUUGCACUUUGCAUGAUGAUGCGUUCAUCCAGAACAGAACCACCAGAUCUUUCAGGCAUGAUGAGAGUAACAGAUGAUAUUGAAAGUUUGGUGUGUCCUCCACCACCAACCGAUCCUCCAGUAAUUAGUGAAGAAAUGAUUUCGGGAUUAAUUGUUCCUGCUGUUCCAGGAUGGAGUAAAGAGGGAAUAGUGCAAGACUGUACUCCAGGAUCUCAUUUAGAUAGUAAUAAACAAACAUCUCGAACAAAUUCGUUUGAGAUUGAAAAUUUAUUGAAGACUGCCGAACAAGUAACAGGAAUUUGUCGAUCCCCUAGCGAAACUAGAAAAUCUAGCCCAACUGGAAGUGUUGUCAGCUCUCAUUCACAAGUACUUACCCCUAGUAGGCAACUUAGUGAUGCUGAAAAAUUGAAAAAAGUUAUUUGUGAACUUAUUGACACUGAACGAACCUACGUCAAGAAUUUGAAUAAUUUGUUAGAAAAUUAUUUGGAACCACUGAAACGGGAAACUUUCUUGUCUAAUGCUGAAAUAAAUGCCCUUUUUGGCAAUAUUCAAGAAAUUGUCACAUUUCAAAGACAAUUUUUACAAAAUCUCGAUCAUGCUAUUGAAAUGGAAACGAAUUUCAACAAUUUUGACCAUGCAAGUCAAUUCAAGGAUGUCCUUUUUUCUAUUGGAAGUGCCUUCUUACAUUAUGUAAAUCACUUCAAGUUAUACAGCUCAUUUUGUGCUAGUCACUCGAAGGCUCAAAAAGUUUUACAUCCAAAUGAAGGUAACCAAGCGCUACAAGAAUUUUUACAAGCACGAAAUCCACGACAACAACACUCGUCAACUUUAGAAUCAUAUUUAAUUAAACCUAUACAGAGGAUAUUGAAGUAUCCAUUACUUUUGCAACAGUUAAAACAUUUAACAGAUGAACGAAGUGAAGAACAUCAACAUCUAACAGAGGCAUUAAAAGGAAUGGAAAAAGUAGCUGAACAUAUAAAUGAAAUGCAAAGAAUUCAUGAAGAAUAUGGUGCUAUUUUUGAUCAUCUAUUUAGACAACAUCAGAAAUCAUGCAAACAGCCAAUUGACUUAAGUCCAGGUGAUUUACUUUAUUAUGGUGGAGUUGAGUGGCUCAAUAUUUCUGAUUUUCUCGGUAAAAUUAAAAAAGGUCUUGAACUUCACGCUAUGUGUUUUGUAUUUAAAUCAGCUGUUGUAUUUUUGUGUAAAGAACGAUUGCGACAAAAGAAAAAACUUAUGGGUGUUUCUACGAAAACAAAUUCCAAUGAAGUAGAAAUAAUUCGUUAUCAAGUACUCAUUCCUGUGACAGAAGUACAGGUUCGAGCAAGUUCUGCCAAAGACAUGGAGUCCCAUUUCCUUUGGGAAUUAAUUCAUUUACGAAGUCAAUUACAGAGACGGUCAGAGAAAGUUUAUGUUUUAUCAAAUAGUACAACCGAUUUUAGAAAUGCAUUCCUUAAAACUAUUCGCCAAAUAAUACGUGAAUCUGUUAGAAAUAUGAGCAUUCCAUCAACAAAACCAAAUAUAACUCAACCGCCAAUUUCAAUGGCACCACGAAUGUCUACUGGUCAUGUGGAAAAAUUUGAAAAAAUUCAAAGUCAAGGACAAAAUGGAAAUAUGCAAAGUACAACUGGAACACUGUCCAAGAAAGCAGCAAAACAGCAGUUUUUAGCUAAUACGCUGAAUUCAAAAAGAAAACACAGUCAAUCAAAGGUAGUGGAGCAUGAAAAUUCUGAAGACAGAGAUAGUGAAGAUCCUCCUACAAAUCAACCAAUGUCUUUUCGUACUCGCAGUAAAACCAUCAGCGAUACUUCAGGUGAAGUAAAGAUUGAUAUGGAUUCAGGAACAAAAUCAGAAGGGGAAGAAGAUACGCAGGCUUUUUUAGGCGAGAAGAAGACUAAUCUUGGUAGGACACCAAAUCAUCUUACUCUGAGUACGGCUUCAACUAUUUCUGCAGGCAGUACUGGUAGCCAAGCAAGACUUAUACAGUCAUCACAUCAACCUGAGAAUUAUCAACCGAUAACUGUUAAGGAGCUUGGUUCACCGAUUUGGAAGCCGCGGGAACUACCUUCACUCGGGGAGGCCACGACGUUGCCGCGAAAGGGUAAGUCGGCGGGUGAAUACUCUGAUAUAAAUUCGGCCCAUAGCGCCUCCCGAAAGUCAUUAAUAGAAAUCAAUAAUUGUGCUCAACAGUCUAACUUUAAUAAUCACGUUUAACUUGAUACAAAUUCAAUGGAGAUGAUUAAGUAAAAUUAUUAAAAUGGAGAAAAAAAAAAUAGAAUAUUAAUUCAUAUAACAACUAUAUUGAACUUAUAUUUAAAAAUAAUAAAUAAUAAUAUUAUAAAUUAAAAUCACCAAAGUAAUAUUACAUAUUACCAUUCGAUAUUACUUAACUAGAAAGAUAAAUUUUAAAUAGAAUAAUUUUUAUUGCUGUCCGGGCUGCGAUUCAUGAAAUAUCUGGCUUUUCAAUUUUCUACUUCGAUUUAACACUGAAUCUUAUAAUAAAACAACAAAAAAAAAAUGACAAAACGUAUAAAAUUAACGAAAAAUAAUAUACGUAAUAAAGAUAAGGAAUUAUAUACUCAGGUUGUGUGUGUAUAUGACUUGGGUGUAUUAUAAAAUUGAGUAACUAUUUUAAACAAAUUUAUUGAGCAAAGUACAAUAGAUUAUUUUAUAUCUCAUGACUUGUUGCAAAGACUAUCGCAGGAACGAUUAAUAAUCCAUUUAGAUAUAAAAUAAUACCAAUUUCGUUAAUUGUAGAAAAUAGGGAAACAUUACAGGGUUUAAUGACUGUUGUGGUUAUCUUUUGCAAACUUCCAAUUUUCUAAAAUACUGAUUCUUACAUUUUUUUUUUGUUUAAUAAGUUUCUAAAUUCAUCAAUACAAUUUUU